ACACACACACACACACACACACACACACACACACACACACACACACACACACACACGCGGAGUUUACAGCAGACAAAGUCAGGAUGUGACAUCAUGCACAGGAAGAGAAGCCAAACAACUUUUUUCUCCUUUUGCCGUGCUGUCUGUGCGGCUCAGUGGAGCCCGAGCGUCUUGUUGGUUAUCAGCAGAAAGGGAGUCUUGAGGAGCUGGAGCUGGAGCUGGAGCUGUCCUCCACAGAGUUGAAAAGUUGAGGCGGCUGGUCGCCCGGUUCUUCCCCAAACGUCCCACAACUUUCCACUACAUUCCAGACGCUCCGCUGCAGGACUUCAGCCGGAUGCAUCAAACAAACUCAAGACAAGAACUCCCUGCAGUCUUUCCGUGACAGAUCCCUGACCCCUCGGUGACCUGAUUUUUGGAGCUGGAAACAGCCUUGUUUGCUCUCAGUAGAAGGUUCCCACGUUAUCUUUGUCCAGCCCAACUAUCAUUCUGGAGAGCGUAUUCUCCCCUUAUCACAGGGGAAACGACUGAGUCAAUGGCGCUGUGUCUUGGACAAGUGUUCAGUAAAGACAAAACAUUCAGGCCAAGGAAGCGGUUUGAGCCUGGUACACAGCGCUUCGAACUCUACAAAAAGGCUCAGGCCUCACUCAAGUCUGGCUUGGACCUCAGGAAAGUGGUUCAGCUGCCGGAGGGAGAAAACCUCAACGACUGGAUUGCCGUUCACGUGGUGGAUUUCUUCAACAGGAUCAACCUGAUCUAUGGCACAGUGAGCGAGUACUGCACAGAGCGCACAUGUCCCAUCAUGUCUGGAGGACUGAGGUACGAGUACAGAUGGCAGGACGGCGACGACUACAAGAGACCGACCAAGCUGCCUGCGCUCAAGUACAUGAACCUGCUGAUGGACUGGAUAGAGUCGCUAAUCAAUAACGAGGACAUCUUUCCCACCAGAGUAGGCGUGCCUUUCCCCAAGAACUUCCAGCAGGUGUGCAAGAAGAUCCUGAGCCGCCUCUUCAGGGUGUUUGUCCAUGUUUACAUCCAUCACUUUGACAGCAUCUGCAGUAUGGGGGCAGAGGCCCACAUCAAUACCUGCUACAAGCACUACUACUACUUCAUCUCAGAGUUCAGCCUCAUUGAUCACUCCGAGCUGGAGCCCCUGAAAGCGAUGACAGAGAAGAUUUGCAAUUAAAUGAACCCACAUGGACAAAGGAGUUUACAUUACGACAAUAUCUGAGCCCCGUGAGAAGACUUCAACAAAGAAACAUUCAAGACAAGCAACAGUUUCAAGGACAUUUGCAUGAGUGCGUUUUUGAACAAACUGACACCCACCAUCAAAUGAUAAUGUUAUACUUUCACACAAGUUUUUUUUAUUUACGUACUGACAAUAUGAUGCUGUGAUGCCAUUAUUGAUGUUUUUGUGUUGAUUUUUGAUACUUCCAAAAUUUGUACUUAUUUACUUUCUGUCUCGUUUUUCUUACCUAGUACAUUUUCUUCAUCUCUUUAAAUGUUUUGAUAUAUAUGAUCUUUGGUGUAUCAUGGUGACUGGGGGGGGUUAUGCAAUGUUUUUUAAUGGUUCAAAGAUUAAACAUGUUCUCAAGGCAGAGAAAUCUGGGUUGUAUAUCAAAAAUCAGUAAACCAGGUAUAUAAAUUUAAAUCCAAAAGAUUAAAAAAUUUAAGACAAACUAAUGUAUUUUAAAACACUCUGAAAUGCAAUAAAACAAAUC